AUGGCCUCCUCCUCCCCCGCUUCAAUUCUCUCUCCCGCCACCACCACCACCACCUCCUCCAUAGUCCACCACCACUCCUCCAAGCUCCCCUUCCCUUUCUCCACCAAACCCACCACCUCUACUUUCUCCAUCAACAGACCACUCACCAGACUCCACGUCUCCACCCCAACCAACAACACUUCCAGUACCACCGCCAAGAAACCCACCUCGGAGACCGUCUUCUUCGACGGCGGGGCCCACUACGGCGACCUCGCCGCCAACCUCCUCCUGGGCUUCACUCUCCUCUGGCUCCCGCUGACGUUGGCGGCGGUGUUCCGGGCCUUCUUCCUGAGGUACAGGUUCACCAACCUGCGGGUGACGGUGAUAUCGGGACUAACGGGACAGGACAGGAGUGACUUCUCGUACAAGGUCAUCAAGGACAUCCAGGUGGUGCCACGUUUCAUCGGCGAGUGGGGUGAUAUCAUCAUCACCCUCAGAGAUGGCACCAAGGUCGAUCUUAGGAGUGUGCCCAAGUUCAGAGAGAUUGCCAAGUAUUGCUUAUCCAUGGCUGAUAAGCCUGCGGUGGUUAAAGAAACUUGAUUCUAUAGAAGCUUAAUUUCAUGCAAAACCCUACUUUUGUAUAAGAAUUCUGAGCUGUGAUUUUAUCAUGA